GAAAGCAAUCUGAAUCAAAAAGUAGAAGAAGAACUGAAUCCUUCUUUCAAUUUAACGCCGCUAUGAAUGCCCUGCGGCAUUCAAUUCCCAGAAGGAACCUGAAAUCUCGGUCUCCAACAUCUGCAAAACUGUUGUUUUCUUGCCUCAGAGACAGCACCCCUACAGUGGUUUCUCUGGAGUUAUGAACGUGAGAGUUACUAGACAUGCCUUCUUCUCCUAAGUUCUUCUACCCUCGCCAGUCAUGGCUCUCUUACAACCAGAAAUCAUCUCUUCUAAUAUUUUGUCUUCUUAUCGGGAUUACUGGAUUUUCUUUCGGAUUGGUGGCCAUUUUGAGGCCGAGCUCUGGGUAUAAAUGUAGGAAUGCUGAACCUAGAUCUGUUUCGGUUGUUUGGGAGAGGAGUAGCAGCAGCGGCGGCGUUGGGGUUGGGAAUCGUGUUGGUUCUGAAGGAGAUCAGGAGAGGUAUAAGGUGAUGGGGUUUGUUGGUAUUCAGACUGGUUUUGGAUCUGUUGGAAGGCGUAAAUCGUUGAGGAAAACUUGGAUGCCUUCUGAUCGCCAAGGCCUUCAACGUUUGGAAGAAGCCACUGGUUUGGCUUUCAGAUUUGUGAUUGGGAGAAGCAAUGAUCGAUCAAAGAUGUCAGAGCUUAGAAAGGAGGUGGCAGAAUAUGAUGACUUCUUGCUGCUGGAUAUUGAGGAGGAGUACAGCAGACUUCCAUAUAAAACGCUAGCUUUCUUCAAAGCUGCUUAUGGACUUUUUGAUUCUGAGUUCUAUGUUAAAGCUGAUGAUGACAUAUAUUUGAGGCCAGAUCGUCUUUCAUUACUCUUGGCAAAGGAACGCUCUCACCCUCAAACUUACCUUGGUUGCAUGAAAAAGGGUCCAGUUUUCACUGACCCAAAACUCAAAUGGUAUGAGCCUCUAUCUACUUUGCUAGGGAAGGAGUAUUUUCUUCAUGCUUAUGGGCCUAUAUAUGCUCUUUCUGCAGAGGUGGUUGCAAGCUUGGUUGCUUUGAAAAAUGACAGCUUCCGAAUGUUCAGCAAUGAGGAUGUCACAAUUGGUUCAUGGAUGCUUGCUAUGAAUGUCAACCAUGAGGAUAGUCGACUACUUUGUGAACCGGAGUGCACACCAACAUCUAUUGCUGUUUGGGACAUUCCUAAGUGCUCAGGGCUCUGCAAUCCAGAAAAGAGAUUACUAGAACUUCAUGAGGAGGAGAUGUGCUCAAAGAGUUCAACUUUGGAUUCCAAUGACUAAAAGGUCCUACUUUUGUAUCUUAUAGAACGAGAUGUUAUUGGAGAAAGAAAAUGAGAAGGCAUAAUUGUUUUUGGUUUGCUUGCAUUCAAACUGCCAUUUUUGGAUUUCUGUUCUUUCUUGGGAUUCUUCUUUCGACUCCACCCCCAGGGAAUUUUUUUUGGCUGAUAUUGAUUGAACACUAAAUCAGUUUUGGGGAAAGUGAAAUUUUUUUCUUUGGAGUGUGGUUGAGGA